AUGGCAUCGAUUUUUUCUACUAAUAAUCAAUCUGUGUGCACCACGUGUCAGCAUCUGAGUGCUAGGCCUCAAGAUAGCUUGUGACAGCCAUCCCUAUCUGAUUAUACACUUCUUCCUAUAAAUAUCCGAAUUCAAUAACCCUUUUCCUUCGUGAACCUUUUUUCCCUCUUUCUACAAUCCACCAAUUUUCUCCUGGAAACAAAUAAGUUUGAGAAAAUCACGAAAAUGGAACCCAAUCAUGAUUUCACUGAGUUGAUCCCGGGUUUACCUCAUGAAAUCGCCCUCGAGUGCUUGACUCGUUUGCACUAUGGAGCUCACGCCGUCGCCUCCCAUGUCUGCCGGCGGUGGCGCCGACUUCUACAAAGCCAGGACUUCUAUUAUCACCGGAAACAAAAUGGGUUUACUCGGAAAGUCGCUUGUUUCGUUCAAUCGCUUCCGAUUCACCCUGAAUCGGCCGGGUUAAACGAAAAACCCGAAAAACAGCCGAAAUACGGGUUGUCGGUUUUCGACCCGACCACAUGUAUCUGGGUCCAAAUCGACCCGGUACCCAAGUACCCGGAUGGGUUGCCGCUGUUCUGCCAGCUUGCUAGCUCGGAAGGGAAGCUGGUGGUGAUGGGCGGGUGGAACCCAGUGAGUUGGGAACCGCUACGUGACGUGUUCGUGUACGAGUUCACAACUCGGAAGUGGACUCAGCGGAUGGAUAUGCCAUCGACUCGUUCCUUUUUUGCUGCCGGCGCAUGUAACGGGAAAGUCUACGUCGCCGGUGGACACGACGAGAACAAAAACGCUCUUAGAAGCGCCUGGAUGUACGAUAUUGGAUCGGACGAGUGGACUGAGUUGACUCCGAUGAGUGAGGAGCGAGACGAGUGUGAAGGAGUGGUGAUCGGCUCGGAGUUUUGGGUCGUCAGCGGCUACGAUACCGAUAGCCAAGGACGGUUCAAGAACAGCGCGGAGGUUCUAGAAACUUCCACCGGAACAUGGCGGCGCGUGGACGAGGCUUGGCGGGUGAGCCGGUGUCCGAGGUCUUGUGUGUCCUUUGAGCAAAGUGGUAAUCUCACGUCUUGGGAUGGGUCCGAACCGGCCGUACAAGUAGGGACCUGCGGUGUUGACCUGGGGGACCGGUCUUUGGUCACCGGUUCGGCUUACCAAGGUGCACCACAAGCGGCUUUUGUGGUGGAAAAGACCAACCAAGGGCAUAAUGGUAAAUUCGUAAAGGUAGACGUCCCCAAUGAGUUUUCUGGGUUUGUGCAAUCGGGUUGCCUCGUCGAGAUUUGAUGGAGUAUUUUUAUCAUUUCCACUUUUACCCUUUUUGAUAUAUAUAAUAUAUAUAUAUAUAUGUAUAUAUAUAUAUAUAUAUAUAUAAAUGUAUAUAUUAUGCCUAUGCACAAUGUUAUGUAAGUUUUGUAGCAUUAUAUUGUGUCUAUGUACCUUUUUAAAUAUUUCUUGAAUAUAAUAUGUUAAAAAAAUCGAGUUUUUGUGGUUAUCUUUUUAAUAAUUAUGUGUCGUUCAGUAUUAUUUUAA